GUACACCCGGAAAUAAGGGGCGUCAGCGAGUCUGCGAACGGAGCGCGGUUAGGGCCAGCUGGCGCUGUCCCCUGUCAGUACUUCGGAGUCCCCAGGACGGGGAAGACCGUCCAGCCGCGUGGCCGCCGCCGGGCCGUCCCAGAGUCCUCGCGACUCGCGCCGCCCUCACGGAGCCAGGACCCAUCCCGCCCAGCCCCGGAGGGAGCCGAGACUCGCCGUGUCCUCCGAUGGUGAGGAAGCUGAGCCAAGUGGAAGAGCAUUUCCUCCUGAGGCGGCCAAGCAGGUACCCUCUGCAUCAACAGGAGGGCACUCCGCCCCCUUCUUCCCUUUACAGUUACCCACCCUCGGUGUCCAUUGUCCUGGGCAGUCGUGUCAGAGGCCCACCGUCUGGGUGGCUUACACAGCAAAAAUGCCUCCCCUCUCAGUUCCGGAGGCUAGAAGCCUGAGAUCAAGGUGGCGGCCGAUUUUUGGCCCUCCUGAGGGCUGUGGGAGGAUCUGUCCCGUGCCUCCCGCACUUCCGGGGGUUGGCUGGCAGUCGCUGGCCUCCCUUGGCUUGUAGAGCCCCGCCUCGUCUUCACGUGGAGUUCUCCUGUGUGUGUGCCUGCCUCUAAAUUUCUCCUUUUUAUAAGGACACCAGGCCUAUGAGAUGAGGGUCUACCCUGAGGAAGUCAUUUUAACAUGAUGACCUUUGUAAAGCCCUUUCUGUUAUCUGUAAGGUCAUGCUCUGGGGUACUUGACAUUGGGACGUCAACACAUGAAUUUGCGGGGAACGCAGUGUACCCCAUAAUAACCCACCAAGUCACUGAGUAGGAACACACUAGGAAUGUUCCAGGCCUGGAAGGGAGGCCCUCAUGGCUGCAGGGGGUAAAUAAAGGGGAGAGGAGAGCAGGCAGCCAGGGAAGGAGCCAGAGCAUGUGGGGCCUCGUGGGCCCCUGUUCCGCUUGGAGAAGCAAAGCCCUAGAAGGGACUGGGCUGGGUGCCUUUGGGGCCAUGUGCCCCGUCCUCACAGCCACGUGGAAACUGGGGCUCCGCCAGGUGCCGAGACCCAGCUGAGGUUCGGGCCUGGGGCCCUGCUCCUCCUGCCGCACAGCUGUGUCCUCAGGGAGGCGGAGCCAUCCUCCCCUCCAGGUACAAGGAGGCGAGUGCAUGCGGUCAGGCCCUCUGGAGUCACGUGCCAUCUCUUUCUACCUCGGCGCCUCCUUCUCAGCUGUGGAGUGGGGUGACGGUAGCACUGCCCCCUCCUGGGAUAUUGGAGGAUCGAUAUCUCUGAUUCCUGGAUGUGGAUGGUGGUCGUGCCAGGGCCCGGCAUGGAGACGGAGCUUACACCAGUGCCGGUGGUUCCUGCUCUCAUUUGUCGGUUCUCUGGGCUCCAGGCGGGGGCAUCUGUGGACAGUGGAGGGCAGGGGUGCCGGAAGGGGUGAAGGAGGUGGCACCCAGAGGCGUGUGGAGGAGACACCUGAGAUCCAGGGCGUCCCAGGGCUGGGCUGAGGUUGGUAGCAAGGAUUUGCGCUCCGCAGCCCAGGGGUAAGGGUGGUAAUGGGGCAUCUGCAGGGCACUGGGAAUGCUGGGGCCGGGGGAGCUGCGGGGGGUGGGCGGGGGUGGGGAGAGAAGCAAAGCCCAGGACUGUCCCUGUCUGUGCUGGGAGAGGACCAGAGCCUGGCCACACGGCUGUGAAGCCGAGGGGCCCUCUCUACCUGCUCUGUGCUCCCCGGGCUCGGGGACCUCUGUUGUAGAACUGACCACACGCCUUUCUCUCCCUGUGCCCACCCUCCUUUGUGAGCCCCCGCAGACUCCAUCUGAUGGACAGAUCCUCCGAGUGACCAAGCUCCUCCUUUGGGCCUGUGAGCUGACUGCGUGAACACAGGGAAGGAGCCAGCGCCCUCUGAUCCCCCACCGUCCAGCAACGUGAGGUCAGGGGAGCUGCAGGAGAUGAAGUUCAGCUGCCUCUCCUUCCGGCAGCCUUAUGCAGGUUUCGUCCUGAACGGGGUCAAGACCCUGGAGACGCGUUGGCGUCCCCUGCUGAGCGGCCACCGGCACCGGACCCUGGCCGUGCACAUCGCACACAGGGACUGGGAGGACACUGCCUGGAGGGAACUGCUGGUGGAGAGGCUGGGGAUGACCCCUGCCCAGAUCCAGGCCUUGCUUCAGGAUGGGGAGAAGUUUGGCCGCGGAGUCAUAGCUGGGCUCGUUGACGUUGGGGACACUUUGCUGUGCCCAGAAAACUUAGGUCCCGAGGAGGCUGUGGAACUGGAGAAUCGAGCCGUCCUGACCAACCUGCAGCAGAAGUACCUGACCACGCUCUCCAACCCCCGGUGGUUACUGGAGCCCGUGCCCAGGAGAGGCGGGAAGGGCAUCUUCCAGGAACAGCACUGAAAAACACCUACAGGAAACAAAGAUCAAUUUCCACGUCACCAUAAAGGACGGGAGGAGCCCAGAGAUGCUGUACGCCGUGCCCCCCGAGCUGGCCCGGGCCCUCACUCCUUCCAAGGCUGACCGCUCGCUCUGCAAACACAGAGUGAAGGAUGGACUCCCUUCCUGCCCGGCAGGAGAAGCUGCUGGACAGGGGCCUGGAAGGAGCGCGGCUGCAAGUCUGGCUCAGGCCCCCUCUUCCUCAUUGCUCACGGCCUCCUCAGACAGGGACGGGAAGGAAAUGGGACCCUUACUGUUGAGUCUAAACAAAUGCUCCAGGACUUGCAACUUGCUGGUCUCCGCGUGGGCCCGGGGCCCCCACAGGAACUCGUGGCGAGCGGGAUCGCUGUCGGCCACCUGCCGGUACUCCAGGUACCCCUCCUGCACCCACGCUUUGGUGAUGAGCUCCCUGGGCUCCCCAUAGAUGAAGUGCUCCCUCCCAGGAUACACCCCCAUGACACCGAGUGCUCCCCACACCUCUUCCUCAGGCGCCCCCUCUCCCCCCAGGACGAUGACACCCAGAAGUAUCACCAGGAGGCCGUUCUUGGGCAUGCUCCGCUCAUCACCCUGCAUCCCAUCACAGGUGAGGCCCAGGGUGGGGACCAGGAUGUACAAGUGCUCCUUGGGGUCCACCUCCUUCACAUCCACCCCAAAGACCAGCUGCAUGCACUCAGAGGCCUGGCUGAAGACCACAGGGAAGUGGUGCUGGUAUGCUCUGAGGAUACUCAGCAUUUCUGCCCUGGUGGUCGGCUGUUUCCUGCGAUACUUGAGGAGCAGGAAGCUCACCAGGUCAGCCAUCAUUGAAAGCUCUGCCCCUUGGCGCAGGGACUCGGCACCGGCAGAGUAGGAAGAGGAGACGGAGGAGGAGGAGGAGGAGGACGAGGAGGACCGGGGGGAUGCGGCCCCCUCCUGCUCAGCCUCCAGCUGCUGCACAUCCACCAGGCCCUGGGCGUCUCUUGGGUCCUGAAGGUCUUCCACAGCCUGGCGGAGCUCACUCAUCUGAACCAGGGACAUAAUGACAGGUGUUGGCAGCUGACAGGAGUCUGGGCCGGGGUGACAGGUGGGGACCCAGUGGCCUUGUGGGAGGACAAGCUUAUCGACCUUCCCAGGGUUUCUAGGGCUGAACGAGGUUUCCUUUGGUGUCCCAUCUUUGUUGUGGGCGUGCGGGUCCCCUCACCCUUCCCUCGGGCCCUCACCUUGACUCCUGGGAGGACCCGGGACUCUUCUCUCUGUUGCCAAGGCGUGGUUCCUUCAGAUGAUCUGACCCGUCCUCUCACACCAAGGUCCUCACCUCCCUGAAAGGCGGGAGAGAAAGGAGAGGAGGCCCCUUUCCUGCUGUGAUUCAGGACAAGGAUACCUCUGGUCAUUGACUUUGGUUUCUGGGCACAGUUCCUUGUUCACAGCUCCCAAAGCCCUUGGGAUGUCCUCAGUGUUGAGAGUGAUGAAUGUGCUUUUUUUGUUUUUUAUGUGAAUGAGAUGUGUUUGCAAAGCACCUAAAAUGGGGCUGGUUGCCAGAAGAGCCAAUCAUGUGAUUAAAAGUUUGGAUCUUUUGGCCCCUCCCCAGCACCACCAGGGAGGGGAGAAAGGCUGGA